AUGAACGGACUAGGCUAUCCUACAUCUUACCAAUCUGGUGCGAGCCAGCUUGUCCCUGCGAAUUCCUCGAUAUCUUUCACGAAUCAUUCGGCACCAGCAUAUGGAGCAGCCAUGAAUGUUCAGAUUCAAGCACCUGUUCCCGAAACAUCUUCUACCUUACAGUCGCCUUCAGGCUGGAGUGCACCAUCGAGACAAACCAGCCGCCCGUGCCGCUGUGGCCACGGAAGGUGCAGGUGGCGAUUCUCUUACCCUAUCCGAAUGAUGAUCGCCGUCCACGAAGGAUUACCGUUCCAACCCCAACCCCAAGGAUCUUGCCCGCCCCCACGGGUACUCAGCAUAUAUCAAAAAGAGACAUUCCUGGUGUCGCAGAACGGUCCCGAAGUGAGCUUCCUGAAGACGUUCGAGAGCCCACUUUAUCGCUUCAGCCGGAACGAUGCGGAGCGGAGGCGACUUUUCCUCAGGUGUGAGCCUUGGGUUGACGCAGACAGGGUCGAACGGGACAAGGUUGUGUGUUUGGGAUGCGGGUGUGACGUCUCUCUUGGGAAUGUUGAGUAUAAUCCGGGUAACUGGAUGCGCCACCGGGAUUGGUGUGUUGGUAUCGAGAACGCGAUUUUGAGUUCUGUUCUGGAUGCUUGGGAAAUUCGGACUGCGAAUUCCUCUGUGGGGAGAUCGUGA